UUAAGUCAAAGUGAAAAAGAAGAACUUAAAAAUGAAUUGAUGAAUACAUAUCCUACUGUUGAUUUUAAUAAAGAGGAAUUUUUUCAAACAGAUUUUAGAAAAGUAUUGGAUCUUGUUACAAGACGUACAGUUUAUUUAAAAUAUGGUAUGGCUUAUGCUCCAUCAUGUGAGCAAAGUGGACUUGUGGUUUCCGAGUUUCGCAAACAUCUUGGUGCAGCUUUAGAAAGGAUUUUGCCUUUAUUAAAUAAAUUAAAUGAACAAUAUAUUGGCAAUUCAUAUACUGGUAUGAAUGUUGUCACUGGAAAAAUAACAGCUAAUGAUGUGAAUCAGAAAAAAACAAUGUUUAAACCUGAGAAAAAAAAUAUUAUUAUUAAAGAACAAGAAAGUGAUGGAGCAGUUAAAAGACACAAAAUUUGGUAUCCACGCUGUUUAAACUUUUAUAAUUAUUUGCCAGAUGAAGAAAUUACACUUGAGGAAUUUAAUUUGUUUGCAUUAGAUAGAUUGCAAGUGUUGAAGGCAAUUGAGGGAGCAAAUUUACGUGAUAAAACUGAUGAACAAACUAUAAAACUUGUUGAAGAAGUUUCUAAACUACAUCUUCCCUUGCAUUCAAAUGAUUCAUCAAAAAGCUAUCCAGUUCAAGAUGAAAGGAGAAAAGAUCACUUAUCACAUUUUAUUUUAAGAUUGGCACAUUAUUUAAGACAUUGGUUUUUAAAAUAUGAAACUGAAUUAUUUAGAAUUAAAUAUCUUAAUGAAAAAAAAAUAGAAAAAUUAGCCUUUUUAAAGGAACAUAACUUUGGAUUAAAAUAUUUAAGUCAAAGUGAAAAAGAAGAACUUAAAAAUGAAUUGAUGAAUACAUAUCCUACUGUUGAUUUUAAUAAAGAGGAAUUUUUUCAAACAGAUUUUAGAAAAGUAUUGGAUCUUGUUACAAGACGUACAGUUUAUUUAAAAUAUGGUAUGGCUUAUGCUCCAUCAUGUGAGCAAAGUGGACUUGUGGUUUCCGAGUUUCGCAAACAUCUUGGUGCAGCUUUAGAAAGGAUUUUGCCUUUAUUAAAUAAAUUAAAUGAACAAUAUAUUGGCAAUUCAUAUACUGGUAUGAAUGUUGUCACUGGAAAAAUAACAGCUAAUGAUGUGAAUCAGGGAAUUGGAUUACCUGUUGAAGAAUCACUUAAUUUUUGGAAAAAAUCAUUUUCAAAAUUCACAGCUGAUAAAUUUCAAAAAGAAUAUUCAUAUAAUAUUAGACAUGAUUAUGGCUUAGAAGGAAGUCGUCGUGACUAUGCACCAUAUAGUUGUAUGUCUAUAGUUAGGAACAAUGUGCCUGGACCUAAUGAACAUCAUGGUUGUCCCUUUCGACAUUUCUAUGAAUCUAAUUUGAAAGCAACAUUGAUAGAAAAUGGAAUAAGAGAUGAAAACAACCUGAAAAAAAUCAUGGAAUUAGCAAAAGAUAGGCAUUAUAAUAUAGCCUGUACCAAAUAUUUUGAAGUUAUUAAAGGAACAGGAGGAACCACUGAUGAUGGAGUUGAAGAGGCAACAAAGGAACCAAUUGUUCAUCCAAAUCAAUAUUAUGAAAAAAAUGAGUAUGAGGAUGAAACAAGAAAAAGAUCUAAUACUAAAAAUAUAAUUGAUGAAGAAUCAGAUAAAUUACAUGAUAUUGAUAAUAAUGGAGAGUGGGGUGAUGACAGUGUUCAGGAAGAAGAAGACGAAAUGGGGACAAGAACAAAGAAUUUUUGA